AACCUGUGUAGAUACCGGAGAGCACAGGGCGUUCAGAGCAGGCAGUCGGGUGUUCGCAGACCAGGGUGAGCCCCUGUGAAAGCAGAUAAAAGAAAACAUUUAUUAAGGUGUCAUUACGAGGGGAGCGCCCGGCUGGGGCUCUCGCACGUCCAAGAAGCAUUUGGCUCCUUCCAGCUCCAGGGCAGGAGGAAAAGAGCCAAAAGGAGGCCAGGAUUUUUUUCGUCCCCGGCCAAGUGGACCUGAUCGAUGGUCCUCCCGACUUUAUUGCGAUAUUUGAUUUAUUAAGGAUGCCCCCCUCCUCUGUGUGGGGCGCGCACGCACACUCACACACAGACACACACACGCGCGCACACACGGCUCUGGCUCGCGUCCCUCCCUCGUUUCCAGCUCCUGGGCGAAUCCCACAUCUGUUUCAACUCUCGCCGAGGGCGAGCGGGAGCGAGUGUGUGUCGGCGGUGCGUCAGGAGGGAAGAGGGGAGAGAAUAAGGUCCCCAAGACGCAGCUUCAGACUCCACAUCCCAAGAGGAGCCACGGAGCGGCCGAAAGCUAGGAUGGCGCCCCCCGGCCUGCUGCUCUGCCUGCUGUCCGCCUCCGUCUUCUCCCUGCUGGGCGGGAGCUCGGCCUUCCUGUCCCACCACCGCCUCAAGGGCCGCUUCCAGAGGGACCGCAGGAACAUCCGGCCCAACAUCAUCCUGGUGCUGACUGACGACCAGGACGUGGAGCUGGGCUCCAUGCAGGUGAUGAACAAGACGCGGCGCAUCAUGGAGCAGGGCGGGGCGCACUUCGUCAACGCCUUCGUGACCACGCCCAUGUGCUGCCCCUCGCGCUCCUCCAUCCUCACCGGCAAGUACGUCCACAACCACAACACCUACACCAACAACGAGAACUGCUCCUCGCCCUCCUGGCAGGCGCAGCACGAGAGCCGCACCUUCGCCGUGUACCUCAACAGCACGGGCUACCGCACGGCUUUCUUCGGCAAGUACCUCAACGAGUACAACGGCUCGUAUGUGCCGCCCGGCUGGAAGGAGUGGGUCGGACUCCUGAAAAACUCCCGCUUCUACAACUACACGCUGUGUCGGAACGGGGUGAAGGAGAAGCACGGCUCUGACUACUCCAAGGAUUACCUCACAGACCUCAUCACCAACGACAGUGUGAGCUUCUUCCGCACGUCCAAGAAGAUGUACCCACACAGGCCGGUCCUAAUGGUCAUCAGCCACGCUGCCCCCCACGGGCCCGAGGACUCGGCUCCGCAGUACUCACGCCUCUUCCCCAAUGCAUCCCAGCACAUCACACCGAGCUACAACUAUGCACCGAACCCGGACAAGCACUGGAUCAUGCGCUACACGGGGCCCAUGAAGCCCAUCCACAUGGAGUUCACCAACAUGCUGCAGCGGAAGCGCCUCCAAACCCUCCUGUCUGUGGACGACUCCAUGGAGACGAUUUACAACAUGCUGGUGGAAACAGGCGAGCUGGACAACACCUACAUCGUCUACACUGCCGACCACGGCUACCACAUCGGCCAGUUUGGACUGGUGAAAGGGAAGUCCAUGCCGUAUGAGUUUGACAUUCGAGUCCCCUUCUAUGUGAGGGGCCCCAACGUGGAGGCCGGCUCUCUGAAUCCCCACAUCGUCCUCAACAUCGAUUUGGCCCCUACCAUCCUGGACAUUGCCGGCCUGGACAUCCCUGCAGACAUGGAUGGGAAAUCUAUCCUCAAGCUGUUGGACAUGGAGCGGCCAGUGAAUCGGUUUCACUUGAAAAAGAAAAUGAGGGUCUGGCGGGACUCCUUCUUGGUGGAGAGAGGCAAACUGCUCCAUAAGAGGGACAGCAGCAAGGUAGAUGCCCAGGAGGAGAACUUCCUGCCCAAGUUCCAGCGCGUGAAGGACCUGUGUCAGCGUGCCGAGUACCAGACAGCAUGUGAGCAGCUGGGGCAGAAGUGGCAGUGUGUGGAGGAUGCCUCGGGAAAGCUGAAACUUCACAAGUGCAAGGGCCCUGUUCGGCUUGGCAGCAGCAGUGACAAACCCUUUUCCAACCUCGUGCCCAAAUACUACGGGCAGGGGAGCAAAGCCUGCACCUGUGAGCGUAGCGACUACAAGCUGGGCCUGGCUGGACGCCGGAAGAAGCUCUUCAAGAAGAAGUACAAGGCCAGCUAUGGGCGUAACCGUUCCAUCCGCUCCGUGGCCAUUGAGGUAGACGGCGAAGUGUACCACCUAGGCCUGAAUGAAGCACCCCAGACCCGCAACAUUACCAAGCGGCACUGGCAGGGAGGCCAUGAGGACCCAGAUGACAAGGAAGGUGGGGGCUUCAGUGGCACUGGAGGCCUUCCAGACUACUCAGCCCCCAACCCCAUUAAAGUAACCCAUAGGUGCUACAUCCUAGAAAAUGACACAGUCCAGUGUGACCUGGACCUAUACAAGUCCCUGCAGGCCUGGAAAGACCACAAACUACACAUCGACCAUGAGAUUGAAACUCUUCAGAACAAAAUUAAGAACCUCAGGGAAGUUCGAGGUCACCUAAAGAAAAAGCGCCCAGAAGAAUGUGACUGCCACAAAAUUAGCUACCAAACCCAACACAAAGGCCGCCUCAAGCACAAAGGCUCCAGCCUGCACCCUUUCAGGAAGGGUCUGCAAGAGAAGGACAAAGUGUGGCUGCUAAGGGAACAGAAGCGCAAGAAGAAACUGCGCAAGCUGCUCAAGCGUCUCCAGAAUAAUGACACAUGCAGCAUGCCGGGCCUCACAUGCUUCACCCACGACAACCAGCACUGGCAAACAGCGCCUCUCUGGACAUUGGGACCUUUCUGUGCCUGCACAAGUGCCAACAAUAAUACAUACUGGUGCAUGAGGACAAUCAACGAGACCCAUAACUUUCUCUUCUGUGAAUUUGCAACUGGCUUCCUGGAGUAUUUUGACCUUAACACAGACCCGUACCAGCUGAUGAAUGCAGUGAACACACUGGACAGGGACGUGCUAAAUCAGUUACAUGUGCAGCUCAUGGAGCUGAGAAGCUGCAAAGGCUACAAGCAAUGCAACCCCCGGACACGGAACAUGGACCUUGGACUUAAAGAUGGAGGAAGCUAUGAGCAAUACAGGCAGUUUCAGCGUCGAAAAUGGCCAGAAAUGAAGAGACCAUCUUCCAAAUCACUGGAACAACUGUGGGAAGGUUGGGAAGGUUAACAAGCAACAGGGACGGACCUCCGAAACCAGAGGCUUCCCUGACUUACCAGGCCAUAAAGAAUGAGCCACAUCAGAUUCCUGACUGACCUGCAAUACAGGCCAGGAGGUCUGAGAGAGAGACAACUGCUUUCAGUCAACACUGGCAUAUUCUGGAGGACAACCAUCAGAAGCGGACAACUUCAGGACGUCCCAUUUCACCCCUGCUUUGCUUUGGAUUAUGCCUCACUAGCUGCACAAAAUGCAUUUUCAUAUCAAAAAGUCACCAGUAAUCUUCUUUGAGAAUCUCGAGGGAGAAACACAGAUUUUCAUGGAAACUUGCACACAGGUGAGAGGUGAAAGUUGCUGGAGUUUUUUUAAAAAUCAUAGAAAAACAACAAUACUGGUUUAAAUCCUCUUAUUCUUUUAAUUCAUCACAAAGCAGGAUGGGCAACUUGCAGAUGCUGAAAACUGCACAGUUUAACAAAGAAUCAAUAGCACAAAAAGUGACAUUUAUUUAGCACUAUAACCCUGGUUGCCUCUUAAGAAACUGCCUUCCCUGUAUAUAUAAUGUGACUAUUUACAUGUAACCAACGUGGGAACUUUUAGGGGAAUAAUCCCAAUUUUUCAAGCGUGGUGGUGUCAAUAAACGCUCUGUGGCCAGUGUAAAAGAAAAUCUAA